AUGCACCUGCCACGCACGUGCACCGCUACCAGUGAUUCCAUCAUGACAACGCUUGAUUUCACCAUCUCGACCCCUCGGCUAAAUCCCGCACGCUCUCAUCCUGAGACCCCUCACCUGGCUGCGAUCGACUACUCGGACGCUGCGAUGUGGUCGUCGGCGCUCCUCCUCCUCGUCGCCUGUGCCACGCACGCACAGCUCGCCCAAGCCCUCGUAGCCCCCGCACAAGCCGCGCGAGAGGCCGCGCAGGGCACCGGGCUCGCCGCCCGCGCCACCGCGGGGCCGAAAACGGUGAUUGUGCAAAUGUUCCAGUGGUCGUGGGACAGCGUUGCUGCGGAGUGCACCAACUUUCUCGGGCCUGCCGGGUACGGCUACGUCCAAGGCGCGUUCUUCUCCCCGCGUUUUUUCUUGGCAGCAUGGACUGAUCGAUCGGUCACAGUCAGCCCGCCCCAAGAGCAUAUCACGGGCCCGCAGUGGUGGACGGACUAUCAGCCGGUCUCGUACAUCUUGACUUCGAAGCGGGGAAAUCAGCAGCAUAUGGUCUCGACGUGCCACUCGGCUGGUGUGAAGGUCAUCGCAGAUACGAUCUUCAACCACAUGAGUUCUGCCAGCUCAGGGACGGGUGUUGCCGGAUCCACAUUCACACACUACGGAUAUCCGGCCGUCAGUUACUCCAACUCCGAUUUCCAUCACUGUGGACUGGAGCCGAACGACGACAUCGUGAACUACACGAACAGGCUCGAAGUGCAGACGUGCCAGCUGGACGGGCUGGCCGAUCUCGCGACCAACACGACACACGUGCAACAGACCCUCGUGGGUUACGCAAACCAUCUUCUGUCGCUCGGCGUCGACGGCCUGCGUCUCGACGCGUCGAAACAUAUUGCCACAACGGAGAUCGCCACCAUCCUCGGACUGCUCUCGUCCAAGCCGUACAUCACGCAAGAGGUGAUUUGGGGCCCUGGCGAGCCGAUCCAGCCGACUGAAUAUGUGACGAAUGGGGACGUUCAAGAGUUCCGAUACACUAGCGCAUUGAUGAGCGCGUUCCUUGGUGGAGGGAUCUCGAGCUUGCAGAACCUGGACAACCGUGGCUGGGUAUCGGGCUCUCAGGCCAACAUUUUCGUUGCAAAUCACGAUACUGAACGUAGCAACCCCGCCACGUCUCUCAACAUCAACUCCCCGUCGAACACGUACAUCACCGCCACGAUCUUCUCGCUCGCCCACCCUUAUGGCUCGCCCACCAUCCUCUCGUCCUACUCCUUCACGGCUUACGACGACGGCGCGCCCAACGGAAACGCCGGGGUGUGCUCCGCCACCGGUGGCGCCAGUGGCUGGCUGUGCCAACACCGGUUCAUUGCCUUCACCGGCAUGGUGGGCUGGAGAAACCAAGUCGGGUCUGCGGCGAUGGUGAACUGGAUUGCCCCAUCGAGUCAGCAGAUCGCCUUCGGUCGAGGAACGGCCGGAUUCGUGGCGAUCAACAACGCGGACUCGGCGUGGACUGCGACGUUCACGACGUCCCUCCCGAACAACGCGUACUGCGAUGUGAUCAGUGGGUCGAGCAAGGGAGGUGCCUGCACAGGGGCAGGCUACACCGUCUCGGGUGGAACCUUCACGGCGACUGUGUCCCCCAGAAGCGCGAUAGCGCUGCACACGGGGCAGCUGGGCACCGGCUCAGCGGGCUCUGGCUCAGGGGGAUCCUCGGCGCCCUCGAACGUCGCAGUGACGUUCGCUGAAACGGCCACCACUGUCUUCGGCGAGAACAUCUUCAUUGUCGGAAGUAUCCCACAGCUGGGAUCGUGGGCUCCGGCCUCAUCUAUCGCACUGUCCUCUGCAAACUAUCCCGUCUGGAGUGUCACCCUCAGUCUCCCCGCGAACACCUCCUUCCAGUACAAGUUCAUCCGCAAAGAAACGGACGGCAGCAUCCAGUGGGAAUCGGACCCUAACAGGUCGUUCACGACGGGGGCCUCGGGAACACAGACGGUAUCGAGUUCGUGGCGCUGAGGGCGCGUCGGUUGCUGUGUGCAUUGUUUGCUUUCUCUCCCACGCUUGCUCGUUUUGUAUAUAUAUCCCAAAACGUUCUACUCGGCAAAGUCAGUACUUUGGGGGCGGCGAGCGCGCUCGUUGGACAGGCCGCAGCUUGCUCUCAUGAGGGAGAACUCGCCAUGAGAAGGAUGAAAGCGAGUGAGUUGAUCGUUGUGUCGUCUGCGUGAGGGGAUGACCAAGUAACCUUCCACAUGGCUUCUUUUCUUGUCUGAGGUCGCUUCCGAUCCUUUCGAUCGGAAACCGCGCCCGCAGGACCCCAGUUGCUGGGGAAGCACCAGCUCGGCGGCCGUCCAUCACCAAAAGCUCCACCCAAACCAACUCUCAUGACCAGCUUCCGUGUGCAUCCUGCCAGCCAAAAACAGUGCAUGGCCGUGAAUGCCCUGGUAUCUGGCGGGAGUGUUAAAUUUAGACUCGAGACUAGACAUCAGUGAAGAAAGAUUGUUAGACGGAGUUUUCCGGAAGGUGUAAUAUUAGGAUCGAUCAUCGAUGGCUUGAGGUCACGUUGGAAUGGGAUAUGAGAUCCAAUGCGGUCGGAGACUGGAAUUGGCGAGCACAAGGUGCGGUUGAGAGUCCUUGGCCUGUCAUGUGCAACAUGACGUCAGUAACAUCAGCUCAGGCGCGGCGUCCCGCCUCGGAACUGGUCGCUCGGAUGGACUGAUCCCUAGUGGACAAUCAGAGAACUCGACUUGAGAGUCAUGAUCUACUGCUGAUCGUAAACGAAACAAGGCAGAUCCUAGAUGUGUUGUGCACAAAGUGCGCGAACAUCUGCGCUUUA